AUGAACGAUCUGUUGGCGUAUGCUAUAGCCGAGCUGCUUCUUUCUAUACACAUUUCACUUUCCAAUCUUCUCAUCUUGUACGUGUACAUUCGAAAGAAGUAUCUCAGAACCGUCACCAACUCCUAUAUUUUCUCUUUAGCAGUAACGGAUUUUUUAACUGGUAGUCUGGGCAUUCCCAUUACUGUAAUUUCUGUACUCACUCAGCGACCACAUUCCUUUCACGGAUGCCUACUGGUGCAUCUUAUUCUUUGUAUUCUAUGUACCAUUUCGACAUUUCAUAUGCUAGCAAUUGCAUUCGACAAGUAUGUGACAAUUUGUUGUCAUAAGCAGUUCUUCCGCUCAAGGCGUACUCGAGCCAUUUUUCUCGUCACUUUGUCGUGGAUAGCCGGCUCAGUAGUCGCCAUCUUACCACUAUUCAAUGCAUUCGGAUUUGCAGAGACUGAAUUCGCAUUCCAUGCUUUCGGAGACCAGUGCCAAUUCACAAUAGUUGUCGACUAUCGCUAUCUUGUCUAUGUUAUUUUUAUGUGUACCAUAGUAGCGCCUACAUUUCUUAUUAUCAUCUGUUAUAUGAGAAUUUACAGACGAAUAAGGAAGGAACAAAACCAGGUCGUAUCCUUGCUGAUGAAGAGCGAACAAGAUCGUAGAAUUCAGGGUCGGCGAAAAUUGAUUCGUACACUACUCAUACUUGUAACAUCCUACGGCAUAUGCUGGUAUCCGCUAUAUGUCAUCAACUCUAUUGAUUACUUCUGGCCGGAGUUCUCGAUAGCUUAUGCGACGCUGUGGGCGGUAGUGCUAUCGCACAUGAGUUGCGCCCUGAAUCCUUUAAUUUAUGCCUACGGUAUGCCCAAUUUCAGAAAGGUAUCCAGAAUCUUUUCAAAGGAUCUCAACUUCGACACCAAUUAUCAAACACAACUUGAAUCGGCGUCGAAUCCGUCGUCAAACCAUCGACAUCACGUCCUGACAUUGUAG